UGGCGGCCGAGCAGGGCCGGCGGCGGUGGCGGCAGCGGCUACGGCCGGAGACGGCAGUGGUGGCGGUAGUGGUGGGUGGCGGGGGCCUGUGACCGGGAGCCGUCCCCGGACCCGGGCACCAUGAGCCAAGGCCCCCCCACGGGGGAGAGCAGCGAGCCCGAAGCAAAGGUCCUCCACACUAAGCGGCUUUACCGGGCUGUGGUGGAGGCUGUGCAUCGACUUGAUCUCAUCCUUUGCAACAAAACCGCUUAUCAAGAAGUGUUCAAGCCGGAGAACAUUAGCCUGAGGAACAAGCUGCGUGAGCUCUGCGUCAAGCUUAUGUUCCUGCACCCAGUGGACUAUGGGAGGAAGGCUGAGGAGCUUCUGUGGAGAAAGGUGUACUAUGAAGUUAUCCAGCUUAUCAAGACUAACAAAAAGCACAUCCACAGCCGGAGCACUUUGGAAUGUGCCUACAGGACUCACCUGGUCGCUGGCAUUGGCUUCUACCAGCAUCUCCUUCUCUACAUCCAGUCCCACUACCAGCUCGAACUGCAGUGCUGCAUCGACUGGACCCACGUCACCGACCCCCUCAUAGGAUGCAAGAAGCCAGUGUCUGCCUCAGGGAAGGAGAUGGACUGGGCGCAGAUGGCGUGCCACCGAUGUCUGGUGUACCUGGGAGAUCUGUCGCGGUAUCAGAAUGAAUUAGCCGGUGUAGACACUGAGCUGCUAGCUGAGAGGUUUUACUACCAAGCCCUGUCAGUGGCUCCCCAGAUUGGAAUGCCCUUCAACCAGCUGGGCACGCUUGCAGGCAGCAAGUACUACAACGUAGAAGCCAUGUAUUGCUACCUGCGCUGCAUCCAGUCGGAAGUGUCCUUUGAAGGAGCCUAUGGGAACCUCAAGCGGCUGUACGACAAGGCAGCCAAAAUGUACCACCAGCUGAAGAAGUGUGAGACCCGGAAACUGUCCCCCAGCAGGAAGCGAGGUAAGGACAUCAAGAGGCUGCUGGUGAACUUCAUGUACCUGCAGAGCCUCCUGCAGCCCAAGAGCAGCUCCGUGGACUCAGAGCUGACCUCGCUGUGCCAGUCGGUCCUGGAAGACUUCAACCUCUGUCUCUUCUACCUGCCCUCCUCGCCCAACCUCAGCCUGGCCAGUGAGGACGAGGAGGAGUAUGAGAGUGGAUAUGCCUUCCUCCCGGACCUUCUCAUCUUUCAGAUGGUCAUCAUCUGCCUUAUGGGGGUGCACAGCUUGAAGCGAGCAGGAUCCAAGCAGUACAGCGCAGCCAUUGCCUUCACCUUGGCCCUGUUCUCCCACCUCGUCAAUCAUGUCAACAUACGGCUGCAGGCGGAGCUGGAGGAGGGCGAGAACCCUGUCCCGGCUUUCCAGAGCGAUGGCACAGAUGAACCGGAAUCUAAGGAACCCCUGGAAAAAGAAGAGGAGCCAGAACCUGAGCCUCCUUCCCCUGCCCCACAAGCGGAGGAGGGCAGAAAGAGCCGGAAGUUCUCCCGCCUCUCCUGCCUCCGCCGCCGCCGCCACCCGCCCAAAGCCGGCGAUGACAGUGACCUGAGUGAGGGCUUCGAAUCGGAUUCAAGCCAUGACUCGGCCCGGGCCAGCGAGGGCUCAGACAGUGGCUCUGACAAGAGUCUUGAAGGUGGGGGCACAGCCUUUGAUGCUGAGACAGACUCGGAGAUGAACAGCCAGGAGUCCCGAUCCGACCUGGAAGACAUGGAGGAUGAGGAGGGGACACGGUCCCCAGCCCCGGAGCCCCCUCGGGCCAGAUCAGAGGCUCCCGAGUCCCUCAACGGCCCACUCGGCCCCAGCGAGGCAAGCAUUGCCAGCAACCUGCAAGCCAUGUCCACCCAGAUGUUCCAGACCAAGCGCUGCUUCCGCCUGGCACCCACCUUCAGCAACCUGCUCCUGCAGCCCAACACCGAUGCACAUGCCUUGGCGAGCCGUGGGCCUUGUGUCAACGGGGAUGUGGAGAAGCCUGCAGAGCCAGCCUCCGAAGAAGGCUCCGAGUCGGAGGGGAGCGAGUCCAGUGGGCGUUCCUGUCGGAACGAGCGCAGCGUCCAGGAGAAGCUGCAGGUGCUGAUGGCCGAAGGCCUGCUUCCCGCCGUGAAGGUCUUCCUGGACUGGCUGCGCACCAACCCCGACCUCAUCAUCGUGUGUGCGCAGAGCUCCCAGAGCCUCUGGAACCGCCUGUCCGUGUUGCUGAAUCUGCUGCCAGCUGCUGGCGAACUUCAGGAGUCUGGCCUGGGUCUGUGUCCUGAGGUCCAGGAUCUGCUCGAGGCUUGUGAACUGCCUGAGCUUCCCUCCAGCCUGCUGCUGCCAGAGGACAUGGCCCUCCGUAACCUGCCUCCGCUGCGGGCUGCGCACACGCGCUUCAGCUUCGACACGGACCGGCCCCUGCUCAGCGUCCUAGAGGAGUCGGUGGUGCGCGUCUGCUGCAUCCGCAGCUUUGGGCACUUCGUCGCCCGCCUGCAAGGCAGCAUCCUGCAGUUCAACCCCGAGGUGGGCAUCUUCGUCAGCAUCGCCCAGUCCGAGCAGGAGAGCCUGCUGCAGCAGGCCCAGGCCCAGUUCCGCAUGGCGCAGGAGGAGGCUCGACGGAACAGGCUGAUGAGGGACAUGGCUCAGCUGCGGCUCCAGCUUGAAGUCUCUCAGCUGGAGGGCAGCUUGCAGCAGCCCAGGGCCCAGUCGGCUAUGUCUCCCUACCUCAUCCCUGACACCCAGGCCCUCUGCCACCACCUCCCGGUCAUCCGCCAGCUGGCCGCCAGCGGCCGUUUCAUCGUCCUGAUACCGAGGACAGUGAUCGAUGGCCUGGAUUUGCUGAAGAAGGAGCACCCCGGGGCCCGGGACGGGAUCCGUUACCUGGAGGCAGAGUUUAAAAAAGGAAACAGGUACAUUCGCUGCCAGAAGGAGGUGGGCAAGAGCUUUGAGCGCCAUAAGCUGAAGAGGCAGGAUGCAGAUGCCUGGACCCUCUAUAAGAUCCUGGACAGCUGCAAACAGCUGACCCUGACCCAGGGGGCGGGGGAAGAGGACCCGAGUGGCAUGGUGACCAUCGUCACGGGCCUUCCGCUGGACAACCCCAGUGCGCUGUCAGGCCCCGUGCAGGCAGCCCUGCAGGCCGCUGCCCACGCCAGCGUGGACAUCAAGAACGUUCUAGACUUCUACAAGCAGUGGAAGGAGAUUGGUUGAGACUGACCCCCCGGGCCCAGCAGUGGGGCUGACUCCAGAUCUCUCCUGCCCUCCCUGGCAGCCAGGACCGCGCCUGUAGUCAUCCCACCACACGCACGCACGCACAGGAAGGAAGCCCAGCUGCAGAGGCUGCGGGGAGGGCCCAGGAGCCGCUGGGAGGGUGGGGUCCCCUGUUGCCACGACCACGACGUCAGGAAAGAGGAAAGUCUCGGAGCAGGAAAGGCCGGGCCCCUGGCCAGCCUUCCUGCCGCAGCCCUCCUGCUGUCCCCGGGGGCAGGGGGCAGGCGCGGGGGUGUGCACUGCACUGGAGGGGCUCCUGGACCUCUGAGGGGAAGGCACAGCAGAAGGGGCCCCUCCUCGCCCAGGAUGUGGGCUGGCCCAGCCAGGAGUUUGGACCCUGCAGGCCCUGGGGAAAAGUUGGGUGAACCCAGGUGUCGGGUGGUCUCUGCAGACCCUUCCCCUCCUCAAGGACCACCCCUCUUCCUUUCAUCUCCCCUCGCGGGGGCAGAGCAGCUCUGGAGCUGGCCGUGGGGGUUCUGGAAGCAGGGCCGGUCGACGCUGCCUUCUGCCGCAGGGGCCGCACACGCAGUCGCCCCCCGGCUCCCUGUUCCCCUGUGUCAGGCGCCCGGGGCAGGAGCGGGCCCCAGCUGGGGCUGCAGGCAGGCCGGCCUGUGUGCUCUCAGGCCCCUGGUGCUGUGCUUUGCGCCUUGGCUGUGGUGCCAGGAUGGAGCAGGGCGCCCAUGAGGGGAGAACUCAGCUGAGGCCACCACUCCCGGUACCACCUCUGGAGGGCCAAGAACAGGGCCUGGCAGGUGUGCCGUGGGCAGCAGAGGGGCAGCCCUGGAAGCUGGCGGGGGCACUUCCCCAGGGGGCUGGGCCUGGUCCUGGCUGUGGGAGGGUGGAGGUGAUGGAGGGAGCAGAGAUCAUGACGUGCUCGGGGCAGUGCAUGGCGUACCAGCAGAGCUGUCGGGGGAGGCUUUGGCCAUGGCUUCGCGGCCCCUCAAGUUCGAGCUGGGGGCUGGGUCUGGGGGCGCUCUGCUCUGCUGCCCCUGCCCCAGCAUGAGCCCAGCUCACAGCUGUGUUUAGAGGGGAGCUGGCGGCCUGCCUCCCUCCUCCGAGACGGCAAGUCUGGGAAGACCUGAGGGGCUGGGGGUGACCCCACACCCCCCGUUUCUAGCAGAGACUGAGACUAAAGCAUCCUUAAUAAAGACGCCCGAGCCCGA